UUCUCAACGCGGUACGUGCCGUUGCGAGGUAUUCGCACGCGCCGAAGCGACUGCACUGGGAGGCGGCUUUGCAUGUUUUGAUGUAUAUUAGAUUCACGAGCGGGUACGGGAUUACGUUUCAGAGUGGCACGGUGGGAGGAGACCACAUGGAACUUUUUGUCGAUUCGGACUUCGCCAACAAGGCAACCGACCGGCGGUCUGUUUCUGGGGCACUAGUGAUGUUCGCUGGUGCGUGUGUGAUGUAUCUGUGUAGGACGCAGAAGAGCGUCACCCUGUCUUCGACGGAAGCGGAGUACGUGGCGAUGUCUGAUGGGAUGAAGGAGGCUAUUUUUCUGCGGUAUCUGUGGAAGUUUAUCUUUCCGGGCCGUGAUGUGGGGUGCACGCCGGUGUGGGAGGACAACGUAGGCGCUAUUCACUUGGCAAGUAACCCGGCUACUACUCCCAACUCGAAGCACAUCGACAUCCGCCACCAUUUCAUCCGUGAGCGUGUAGCACGGGGGGAGUUCAAGGUAGUCCACGUACGGUCGGACCUGCAACGCGCGGAUUUCUUGACCAAACCGCUCCCCAAGGAGACUUUUUGCGCGCAUCGUGACUUCGUGAUGAAUAUUCGUUGAUUUUGUUCUUGGUGUUGCACUAUUUCAGCGAUGGGGCCUUUCUUGCACCAUGUGUUUUAUUUGUGACCUGGUACUGGCCUUUGAUCUGCUGCUCGAUGUUGAUUUCUGCUUUCGCGAUGGAUGGGAUAGUUCUGCGUGAGAAUCAUGGGGGGGGAAGUAUUGUUCCAUGAUCCUAGUCGCAGGUGGUUUGUCUUGGUUUUGAUUUUUUUCGGGAUGAAUGAUGCAGCAGGGGGGCUGUUGGAUUGAUUGAUUGAUUUGAUUUUGACUUCAUGUUCAGGAUGGAAUGGAUGUUACAGCAGGGGGGCUGGUGGAGUGGUUUCUUUGUCAAGGUAUUGGAUGUCGGAGAGAGGGUUUGGCAUGUUCUUGUAGUUUGAACUGGCCAUUGAGUUGAAACAUGAAUAUUUAUCUGAGGAAUGAAUUUGUUCUGAGUAGUCAGGACGUAAGACACGUUUUCCCGGAGUUACCCGUCUUCCCCGUUCUGACGUGAUUCUGAUGUAAUGUUGAUAUUUUUGCUGGGUAUUUUUCCAAGGGGUGAUUGUUCGUGUUUUGACUGCUUGAGAAUUGGGUAGAGCACUUUUCUCGAGAGGGUGAUUUAUUUUUCUUGACAGACCUUUUAGGGGUAGAAGUUUGACAUCACAAGGCUUGAAAGCUUUGCAGGACGUGUUCUGUUGGAAGAUCCGGCGAUUUCGUGGGACAUGUUCUAUUGGCAGAGUCGUUUGGAUUGGAAUGGUGAAUGAUUUAUUGUUAGCAUAGUCUAGGGGUUUUGGUUUUUCUGUCUGCCGUUUUGUCUGGCAGUGAUAGUCGUGUCGGGGGUUUCGUAGAUAGCAUCUCGUACCGAGCAGGGGGGCUGUUUGGCGUGCUCGGCAGAGUAUACUGUCUACGGGGCCUCCGGGGGGGGGUACGCGGAUGGAAUGUAUUGGCGGACAUGCUGCAUGGCGAUGGUGUGGCCUACCGCAUGUCUCGUACUCUCUAAGCAACAAGGUCUUGAGUCAACCUUCUUUCUCUUUCGGCCUCUGACGAGCUA